CCCGUAUACUGUACGAGGGUAUAUAAAAACCAACCUCGACAAUGGCGUCCCCAACCAGCUUUCUCAUUUCCGCAAGAGGCUGUUUCACUCCUCCCUCUGUAUCAAAUCACACUACAUCUCCGAACAAAUGACACCCCCAACCCACCAAGUCGACGUCCUCAUCUGCGGCAGCGGGUCCGCGGGCCUCUGCGCGGCAACUUGGCUCGCGCGCUACGGCCUCCGCUGCAAGAUCCUCGAGCGCCGCUCCGGCCCGAUGACCAUGGGCCAAGCAGACGGGGUACAGUGUCGGACGGUGGAGAUUUUCGAGAGCUUUGGGAUCGGCGACGAGCUGCUGCGCGAAUCGUACCACGUGCUCGAGGUGGUGUUCUGGGCCGCCGACGAGGAGUCCGGGGCGAUUCGCCGCACGGGCCGGACGGCCGAUACGCAGCCGGGAUUGUCGCAUCAGCCGCACGUCAUCCUGAACCAGGCGCGGAUCAACAUGCUGAUGAUUGAGGCGAUGCGGCGGUUUAACGGGCAGGAAAUUGACUAUGGGUAUACGGUGCGGGGGAUUGAGGUGGAUGAGGCCAAGGUGGCAGGCGCAGACCCGGAGGCGUAUCCUGUGACGGUGACGGCGGAGAAUAUGAAGGAGGCGGGGAGAGUUGAGAGGUUUGAGGCGAAGUAUGUUUUGGCGUGCGAUGGAGCGCAUAGUACGGUGCGCAAGGCUUUGGGGUAUAGUAUGAUUGGGGAUAGUACGGACGCUGUCUGGGGGGUAAUGGACAUGGUGCCCCGUACGGACUAUCCGGAUAUCCGGAAGAAGUCGACGAUUCGCUCGAAAGCAGGGAAUCUGCUGAUCAUCCCGCGAGAAGGGGAGAGCGAUAAUCUGACGCGAUUCUACAUUGAGCUGCCCGCGGGGACCAGAGCCAAAGAUGUCAAGCUGGAGGAUUUGCAGCAAGCCGCCAGGCUGAUCCUGAGUCAAUAUCAGAUCGAGUUCGUGGAGACGGUCUGGUGGUCUGCGUAUGCCAUCGGCCAGCGUCACGCGGACUGUUUCCACAAGGACUACCGAGUGUUCCUGGCGGGCGAUGCUUGCCAUACCCAUUCCCCCAAGGCCGGGCAGGGAAUGAAUGUGAGUCUGCAGGAUGGGUACAACAUGGGCUGGAAGCUGGCCUCCGUCCUGCAAGGGCUCGCCCCGCCGUCGCUGCUGGAGACCUAUGUGCUCGAGCGGCAGAAGGUGGCGAUCGACCUGAUCAACUUUGACCGGUACUUUGCCAAACUCUUCUCCUCGAAGGGAGAGGCUUCUCCGCAGGAGUUCCAGGAGGGAUUCAUCAAGUCCGGGAAGUACACUGCCGGUCUCACGGCUAAGUAUGAUGAGUCGCCCAUUACGUCUGAUACGGGGGCGUCAGAAGAGUUUGCUACGAAUGUCGUCGUGGGGAUGAGGCUACCCAGCGCACAGGUGGUGCGACACUGCGAUUCGAAGCCUUUGCAGCUGGCGACGACCCUAAAGUCCGAUGGCAGGUGGAGAGUCAUCGCCUUUGUUGGCGAUCUUGGCCUUCCUCAGAACCGAACGAGGUUGGAUGCUCUGGGAAGCUAUCUUAGCUCCAGUGAUAGCCCCUUGCAGACAUAUCGUCUGAAGGACGGCAACGCAGACAGCUUGAUCGAGCCGAUCUUGGUCGGAUACGGCCAGCGACAUGGUAUCGAGCUCGAUGAAAUCCCGCAGUGCUUUUACCCGGUCACUGGCAAGAACCAGACAAGAGACCUUCACAAGAUAUUCUUCGAUGACGAAAGCUACAACAAGGGCAAUGGACAUGUGUACGAGCACCUGGGGAUCAGUCCCGAGAAGGGCGCUAUCAUAAUCGUGCGUCCCGAUCAGUACGUGGCUACGGUGCUCAGUCAGGACGAGUACCAACAAGUGGGCAAAUUCUUCUCCCGAUGCCUACUACCACAGGAAGCCGCAGGCUCAGUAUCAGCGAGCAAGCUAUAAGAUUGACGAGAUCGCAUUUACAUACCUAUCUAUACCCAACCCAGCAAUCCAU